GAAAACGACGGCUUGCAACAUGUGGUCCAAAAUAUUCCUAGCUACUUUCCUGCUAGGGUUGACGUUGGCCGAGAAGAAGAACGUAACCGAACAAUCGGUGGAAGCACCAGCCCCAGGUGCAAAGGAAAAGCGUCAGACGGAACAUGAAACGCGCUCGGUUCCUCUAUCGCUAAUUGCUAACCGUCGCCAGCAGGCUCUUCAUCAGCAGCAACAGCAGGAAUACUAUCAGAGCGAGGAAGGUUCGUUCUAUGCAGCCCAGCCAAGCUCCGGUCAGCCGUCGAUCGCCUACAAACCGUCCGCUGCCGGUGCUCACAAAGCAGCCAACUCGCAGGAACAGCAACCACAGUACCAGGAGUUGCCUCCCGAGUACAUCAGUCUGUUGCAUCAACUGGCCGAACAUCAGCCCAAGGCAUCCGCGCUGAAGCAAGGCAAGGCCGUCAGUCAGCAAUACGAGCCCCAAAGUCACGCGCAACACUCGAAGCCCAACCAGGUUCAGUACAUUACCGAGGAAGAGUAUGCGCAGCUGCUAAAGCAAGCCCAACAGCAAGGUCCCCCAGCAGCUCAUCAUCAUCAUCAACAACCACCGCAGGGCCUCCAAGCGUACGGAAGACCGUCGGCUCACAGUCCUCCGUCAGCGUCUCACAAGUAUCGGCCAUCAAUCCAGCUGCUAGAGACGGCCGAAGAACAGCAGGGAUCGUACGGACAGCAGGAGGGUGAGCAGUAUCGCAUCCAGUACAAGAGCAUCCAGCAGGCCGGCACAGUGACACCCGUCCCGAAGCCAGUUAGCUCUUUUUCCUUCGAAAACGAACUCGCUAAAUUGGUUGAGUCAAACCGUCCGCUAGCAUACCAUUCGGUGCCCCAUCACCCUGGUCGUCAGCAUGACAGUCAGCACGAGGCUCAACGGUACGGCCCUACACCGAGUCCACAAUCGCAUGAAUACACCUACGUCCAGGCAGGUCCCGCACAUGGUCGCGAACAUGGCGCACCACAACCGCCAAAGCAAUCGAUCAAAGCUCAGUAUAUUGCUCCAUUCGCCCAAGGUUUACCACUGUCUGGGCCGAAGAUAAGCCCCGCUCAUCUGCAGGUUGGACCGCAAAAAUUCGUUGACAGUGCUCCACCGGCCCAGAAGUAUCAGUUCAUUGCUCAACCUGAGCAAUCGGGUCCUUCGAAAGCCCAGCUCCAUCAUCAUCAACAGCAACAGCAGCACCAACAACAGCAACAGCAUCAUCACCAUCAUCAAGCACCAGCUCACCAGGGCCAACAGUACUUUGCCGAAGUAUCGCCGAAGCAGCAGGCAGGAACUCCGUCGCCAAAAAUCCAGUACUACAUUCCGAAGGAGAAGAACGUGCAGAUCUACUACCAGCAGGCGCAGCAGCAGCAACAACAACAACAACAGGUGAUUGAGCAACAUUCGCCACAGCAUCCGAUGAAGAUUGUCGAGGCUCCUCAGCUGCAGAACGAGAAACCCCAAAAAACGGUCCAAUCUCACCAUCGUUCAAAGCCUGCCGAGCAGCAGCAGCAGCAGCAAGUUCAUCAGCACCGUUAUGCACCUCGGGACAAGCAACAGGACUCGAUCGAUCCGCAUGCACCGUCCCGUUCGGCUAUCUACGUUUCGCAAUCUACCGGCGUUAACCAGGCUACGGCGGCUGCCACUCCAGCACCUUCCGCACAUGGACACAAAAUUCCACCGAAAAUUGACCGACCCCUGACGCAGGAAGAAUUCCAAGCUCUGGUAGAUGCUGGAUAUUCUGUAGUUCCAGUCCCGGUGCCCGUUCCCGUGCCAAUCUCUCAGUAUCAGCAGCAGCAGCAAGCAGCACAUCAUGCAGGUCAUCCUGGAGCGCCCCAUCCAGGAGCACGUGGUGGACCACAUCCCACACCGGCUGCCCGACAGGCUGCUCAGGCAUCUCGCUACCACCAUCUUCACCAGCUAGCGACGGCAGAAAAUAACCCCAACCAGGUUGUGACGUACUUGCGCCCGCUACAUCUCGAUCCGUUCUCGGCUGGUGUUCGAGGACCGCACAAAGCUGCUCCGUGA